CUAAGAUGGCGGCGGCCGACACGGCCGGCGGGCAGGCAAUAGAAAAGCAGCUGAAGAUUUGUGGCUAUAAGAGCAAUGUGGAUGUCGUGGCACUGUAUCUGGCUAGACAAGGACUGAGAAGUAUCCCAAGUCUAUCCCAGUUUCGCAGAUUAAGGUAUUUGUGGAUUAACAACAAUAAGAUCCAAGAUUUAACCUUCUUGAUCAAAAACUAUUACUUGACUGAACUCUAUCUCAACAAUAAUGAGCUGACAGAUAUAUCAGGUGCUCUGAAACACCUAUGUUCCUUGCAGAUUCUGUUUCUUCACAACAACGAGUUAAGAAAACUUGGCAAAACAGUGAAGGAAUUGAAAGGAAUGAUAAGCUUGCAGACUCUAAACCUAUUCCAUAACCCUCUGGAAUAUGAUCCAGACUACCGGCUCUAUGUGAUUUACUUCCUUCCUUCAGUUCAGCUCCUGGACAGGAAGUUAGUUACCCAAAAAGAAAGGGAGUCAGCACUUAAUCUCUAUAACCCCAAAAAGGCUUGGAUGGUGCAGUCAGUGGCUUUUGAGAAGAGAGCAGACACAUCCCUGGGGACAACACUGGGAUCUGGCAGAUGCACUCAACCAGCCAGAAGACCAAUAAUGCCCUCAGGUCAUGAAUUUGGAAAUAACACUAAUAGAGUACCAUUUGAGGAUCCUGAAGAUGCAGUUUUAGUGCGGGCAAUGACAAGAUCUCUAAUGGAAUUUUCCUCUGUGGACUGGAACAAAGUAACCACCUGUCCAGAAAGGCGGCUUGAAAACAAAGCAGAAGAGCCCCCUGAGAAGCUGACAGUCCAGUUUAGAUGAAAAAAACCCUACUUUUUUCUCUAAUGUUAACCCCAUAAGUAGGUUAACAUAAAACAAGUACACAAAGUACACAUCGAAUUGAGUGAAAUUCCAGAAAAAAAAUGUUAGUGUAACAUUUCUUUUAUCAUAUGUUGUAUAGAGAGUGAAGAAAUUAAGAUAUGAUAAACAGUGGCAAUAUUAUAAUAAAAGUUGCUUGAAAUGGAA